UUCCUGUUCGAGACUCCGCCCCCACUGGAGGGGCUCCGCUUCGAGAUUCAAGAUGGAGUCGUUGAGUAGAGCUGGGCAGGAGAUGAGUCUAGCGGCUCUGAAGCAACACGACCCCUACAUCACCAGCAUCGCAGACCUCACGGGCCAGGUCGCUCUGUACACCUUCUGCCCCAAGGCCAACCAGUGGGAGAAGACCGAUAUAGAAGGGACCUUAUUUGUAUAUCGAAGGUCAGCUUCACCUUACCAUGGUUUUACCAUUGUAAAUCGACUGAAUAUGCACAAUCUAGUUGAACCAGUGAAUAAAGACUUGGAAUUUCAGCUCCAUGAACCAUUUCUUCUGUAUAGAAAUGCAAGCUUGUCAAUAUACAGUAUCUGGUUUUAUGACAAGAAUGACUGUCACCGCAUAGCAAAACUCAUGGCUGAUGUGGUAGAAGAGGAGACACGGCGAUCCCAGCAAGCUGCUCGAGAUAAACAGAGUCCCAGUCAGGCCAACGGCUGCAGUGACCACAGGCCUAUCGACAUCCUGGAAAUGCUAAGUAGAGCCAAGGAUGAGUACGAGAGGACUCAGAUGGGCGACUCAAAUAUCUCCAGCCCUGGGUUACAGCCAAGCACUCAGCUUUUCAAUCUGGGAAGCACUGAAACUCUCGAAGAGGCGUCCUCUGGGUCACAAGAUAAGUCUGCUCCGUCUGGACAUAAACAUCUGACAGUGGAAGAGUUGUUUGGAACCUCUUUGCCAAAAGAACAACCAGCAGUUACGGGUCUGGAUUCAGAAGAAGUAGAGAAGCUGCCAGGAGAUGCCUCCCAGAAAGAGCCCAGCUCGUUCCUACCUUAUCCCUUUGAGCAUUCUGGAGAAGCCACCCAGCUGGAAAACCUGAGUGUCCAUUCAACUGCUCACCACGCCGUCCAACCUGAAGUCCCUGCCCCCGUGCUCAUCACUCCAGCUUCAAUCACACAGUCUAGUGAAAGGCACGCCCCAAGCUACACAGUCCCGCUGAGCCCUGUUCUCAGUCCCACUCUGCCACCUGAAGCGGCUACUACACAGGUUGCCCCUGGUUUACCUCGAAAUAGCACCAUGAUACCGGCAGUGAAAACUACGCCCAGGCAGAGGUCUCCACUCUUGAGCCAGCCAGUCCCAGAGCUAAGCCACAGCGGUCUAAUGGCCAGCCAGAGCCCCUUCAGGGCCCCGCUGAGCAUGACGAACACAGCUGGCACACCCCUCCCGAGCAUUGAUCUUCUCCAGAAACUCAGGUUGACUCCACAGCAUGACCAAAUACAGACACAGCCACUUGGGAAAGGUGCAGUAGCACCCAGCUUUCCUCCAGCAGCUGGCCAGCUGGCCACACCCGAGAGCUUCAUAGAGCCUCCCUCUAAGACAGCAGCAGCAAGAGCAGUGGCCCCAGCCUCCCUGAGCAACAUGGUGCUUGCUCCUCUUCAGCCUAUGCAGCAAAACCAGGAUCCUGAAGUAUUUGCCCAGCCCAAAGUGUUACCCAGUGCCAUCUCGGUUGCAGGCCCUCCACUGGUUACUGCGACAACCACAGCAGUGUCUUCAGUCCUGCUGUCCCCGAGUGUUUUCCAGCAGACUGUUCCAAGGUCCACAGACCUUGAGAGGAAAGCAAGUUCCCCUUCUCCCCUCACCAUUGGAACACCAGAAAAUCAGAGAAAGCCGUCCAUCAUCCUCAGCAAGUCUCAGCUCCAGGAUACAUUGAUCCAUCUAAUAAAGAACGAUUCCAGCUUUCUCAGCACACUUCAUGAAGUCUACCUGCAGGUUCUGACGAAGAACAAAGACAACCACAACCUAUGACUGGAGUGGAAUGAAUCUGAAGGCAGAGGGUCAGCCUCGAAAACAAGCAGGCUUCAUCAUGGAAACUUCUUUCUAAACAGAACAUGGAGUUGUGAGAAUUCUGAAAUCGAGCCUACAAGAAAGAGACUCCGUCCUUAAGAAUGUUUCCAAGGGACAUUCUCAGUGAUAAUGGAGGUGUCACUGUGAAGCAUCACCAGCAAACUUUUAUUUUGCCGAAACGACAGAAAGACCAUGUGUUAAGUUAUAUGGGUGUUUUCAUCAGCGAUGAGGAAGUGUGUGAAAUGGGGAGUCUGGUUUUCAGCUCACUUUCAUUUUCCAGAACUUAGGGAGCAGCAGCCACCAGCCUUGCAGCAGAGCUCAGCCUCGCCCGCACCCGUCCCCGCGCCCGCCCACCCCCCAGACACGUCGGCCUGAGGCCGAUGGUCACGUGUUGAACAGAGCAGAAAUCAGUUCUGAAAGUAACUUCGAGUUUUAAAGCAUCCGUGGUUAAGUUGAUAAAUUAGGAAUUACUUGUUCAAGUGAAGUAUAUUUUAUAUAUGUGCCCUCACCUGGGCCUUUAAAAUUCUGAAAUCUCCCAGCAUUUUAAGUGUCCCCGCUCCUGCCACGCAGCAGGCGCCAGUGCAGCAUCACUGUUCAAACAGCGCCCUUCUCAGAGCGUGGUGACGUGGAUUCGAAAUAGGCUGGGGCUGGGGAUGCUCAAACCCUACCGGAAAUUUUCAUAGACUUCCCAGUGGUUUGGGAAAUGUUACAUUUGUGUGUGAAACACAGCCUUUGAUUUUCCUUUUCUGUCUAACCACAGUUAAAAGUCUUUGUUAAUUGUUUUCUUCAACACUUUGACAAAAGGACCAGUGGACCAAUCCGAUAAAGCCAUUCUGGUUCCAUUCCUCAAGUGUACUGAGAACAGUUUUAAAGCUAUGCAGAAAAGGGAACUGUUAUUCACACUGCCCUUACUUUGUUGUAGAAUAUGGCAUUUAAAAGAAAGUGUGAGAUUCAGAACUUUACCAGUGUAUCCCUAGGCUGUGAGUACUUUUCCAGCCCAAAGUGUGAAAAUGUGUAAAGAUGCUUUGUUAUGCUGCUAUUGAUCUGCCAUGAUUUAUAUUUAUUCUUUUAUGGCAUGUAAUGGUGUUUAGUACUAUUUUAAUGUAGAUUUUGAUUUAUUUCAGCAAUAGUAAUUUUAAGAUAUUCUUUGAAUGAAAGUGUCUCCUUUUCUAUGGUAUAGGUCAUUUUGUAGUACUUAACCAGUUAAGAUGCACUGCUUACUUUUCUGAGCACUAUUUAAUGAUGGGGUAAAAACCCCCUUGGCUCAAGCAGCUAGCGUAAGGAUUAGCUGUGGGUAAUGCUGACACAUGUGAUGGUUCCUUGGGAACAAUCAUUUAAGCUUUAAUGGUAACUCAAUCAUAAACCUGUAAGGGGGGGCGGGGUUUCUAGCUGAAAUUUUAGGAAAUUACGUGCGAAUUACGUACUUACUUUAGUUUUGUCUUGGUUUUUUAGCGUAAAGAAUGCUCACCUGAUUGGCCUCUGUUGAUCUAAACAUGCUUCCUAGAAAGUGUUUCUGCUCAGUGUAGUGUCUUCUCAUUCUACCUAGCUAUGUGUGAGCUGUGUAGAAUUCAGGGAAGCUUAGAAGUUUUCAUACUCAACUAGAGGUAGUUUGUUUUCAGAGAUAGUGUGUAAACUCUCAGCAACCAAAAAUGAAUUGCUCAUACAUCAUCUGAGGAAGAGAAAGUUACAGUAAGAUAAAGAGUGUUGCUGACACCGGGAGACGGUGUGUAAAAAGCCGUGUGGCUGUUCUCAUUUGUAAUAUGAAUUUACCAGUAGGUUUGAUCGUGCCCAAGUGUCGUCUCAGUGGGCUUUAGUAAGCAGAUGAAUCAAGGGAUUCUUGUUAUAAUAGACAUUUGAAUUUAAAUGAUGCUUUUGAGUAUGUUUAAUAAUAUGAGAGAGUACGGAGAGAAUAUCCUAAAGAGGGACUAUAAUCUGUCUGUUAAUUUUCACCCUUUGAUCCUAGGAAUGAAUGUGAAGGACAGUAAAAGAAAAUCUAUGAUAGGGCUUCCUUAGUGUGAAAGCAAAUUUUUAAGUGCCCAGAUCAUGGAGACUUGAAAAGGGUAAACCUGUUCACUCCCAGGUUUAUAUAUUCAAACUAUUUACUGAAGCCUCAGAAGCCAGAAGUUCGUGGUCGUGAUUACCAGGAAGUUCAGGCCAGAAUGAAUCCCCAGAGAGCCGGGCCAAGCCUGGACACUUGCAGAUGGAUGACCUUGGCCAGUCACAGUUUAGUUGCCUUAUUCCUCAUUCAGGCUUACUCUCCAGAACCUCAUGCUAGCUUAGAUUGCACAUUCACAUUGCUCCGUGUCUUUACUGGAAACUUAGUAGAAUGGAAAUGGACACCAAGAUGGAGAUGCUUCGUGCUAGGUUUUGCAGAACCCCAGGAGACCUGCGUUCAGACCGCCCUGCCCAUCUUUUCGUGCACCCGUUCCCCUAACCUGUGCAGUCCGAGUGUGGGCUCAGGAGGAGCCCGGAGCAUGGGGUGUGUCCAGUAUCACCAGUGGGUGGCGCUGCUUUGUGUCGUAGAGUGAUGUCUCUGAAUUGACACAAAAACCACACGCAUCUGUGUACCUCGCAGAUGGCCUUAUUCCUCCUUCUUGAGCAUCUCUCCUGGGAUCUGUGAGGUGUAAAAGGUGACCUGCUUGACUUCGGAUCCUAAGUUUUCAAGUGACCAUCUGUAUCAGAAAAAGCAUUUCAUGCUACCUGCAUGUGGAAUGUCCACAGCUUACCUUGAACAGAGUGGUGUUUUUUGUUCAGAAUUCAAGUCAGCCUGGGCCCUUCUCUACAGGAGGAUGCACAGUUUUCAUUUAGAGUGUGUCCGAUAGAGUUUGCAUGUCCAGGCGUUUGUUCUAUUUCCGGCCUGUAUUCUCUUGUAGAAAUUAUAAACCCCCCCCCCCAAAUCCACUGUUAGGUAAAUAUUUUUAAACCACGCAGCUUUAUUACUGUCCUGCCCUGCCCCAAAGAAUGUAGUUUGAAUUUUUCUCCUUUUGAUAGUAGAGGCCAUAACUGCCAUUGUAUUACUUAUAAUGCAACAUGAAAUGGAAGGUGCCUAACCGCUUAAAAAAACAAACUCAGCCGUCAUACUGUAACUUGGAGAGAAUGAGGCGGCGCAGGCAGCAGCGGGCUCCCCCAGCACCGGGGGGAAGGCAGGGAUCCCGGGCCGCGCCCUGCGUCCUGCUGCUUGUGCGCUGUGGAGCGCGGUUCCUGCCUGCCUUUGGUUUUCUGCAGCUGUGGUUUAGAGUACCUUCUGGAAGCAAUAGUGCCCUGUGUUUUCGCUGUCUAAAAUGUUAAGAGCUGAGUAGAGCAAAGCAACUUGCAGUAGUUUUUUAAAAGCUGUGCUUGCGAACAGUCCCAUGAGUGGGCCAGGGCCUCGAGGAGCCUGUUUUUUUGGCAGAUUUCAGCAGGAGAGAUACGUGCAGUGCUUCAUUCAGAUUUGGAUUUGACAUCUUUCUUUAACAUGCUGCGAUGCAAUAUCGAUCACUUCAAAGUGGGAAAAAUGCAAGAUUGUGUUUUCCUUGUGUCUCUGUGAACCCUUAGGAAACGUGUUUCUAAACUGUGUGCGCUAAGUGAUCUUUUUACCCUGUAUUACUGCUUUGGCAGCGUGGCUCCCGUGACUUCACUGUACGGACUCUCAGCGCCCUGCAGCGUGGGGCAAGAAGCUGUGGGGGGGCAGCAAGGUUUUUUUGUUCCAUGAGUGCAGUACUGCAUCAUUAACAUUUUUAAUGGUAUGGUAACAUUUUUAUACCAUCUGUGUAUGUUUGCAAAUAUUAAGUUAUUACAUGUUUUAAAAUGAGCAUUUUUCAUCCUAAAUUUUAUAUGUUUGCAAAUAUAUUUUUUUAAUAAAAUGUCAAAACCAAGUUUUAGCACCUA